CCUAAGCUUUCUCUCUUUUCGCCGCCCUCCGACGCCAUUCUUCCUCUCUCACUUUUGUAUUUUCAAGGAGGGAGAGAGAGAGAUAGAGAAGGAGAGGCGUUAGGUGCCAAUUUUCAGAUUACCAGAUUGUCUUCAUCAUGGCUGCACCUGAAGCUCCUGUUAAAUAUGUCGGCAUAGCCAGAGAUUCGGCCGCCUUCCGCCUCAUGAAACAAAUGGGGUGGGAAGAAGGAGAAGGGCUAGGAAAAGACAAGCAAGGUAUCAAAGGACAUGUCAGAGUUAAAAACAAACAAGAUACUGCAGGUAUCGGAACAGAACAGCCUAACAACUGGGCAUUUGAUACAACUCAGUUUGAUAGCAUCCUCAAAAGACUGAAAGUGCAAGCCACGGAGUCCAAGAAUGAAGAAGUAAAUGGUAAGGAUGAAAUGCAAGUGGACACAAAGACAAAGAAUUCUCCAAGCAAUGAAGAAGCAGUUGCUAAAGUCACUCGUCCACAAGGAAGAUAUAAGAAAAGAGAAAGGGGGAAGCUUGUCCACUCAUAUUCUUCUCAUGAUCUUGAAGGAAUUCUUGUCAAGAAGACAAAGUCUGCACCAGCAAAUGAUGUUGAGGAUGUGACAGAGGUAGUGGAGGCACCUGAAAUCCAGAUAGUUCCUGAUGCUGAAGGUCCCACUGAGCAAGUUGUUCCUCCAGAUUGGUGGGGUCAUAAAUUUGGUUUUGUAUCUGGUGGUUUUCUUGGAGCUCAGAGUCGGAAAAGGAAGUCCUCUACUGACAAUCAGCUAGAUUUCAGUGAGAGAACUAUGUUCCAUGAGGAGGAUCAAGAAAAUCUCUAUAAACGUGUUCAAGAUAAAUCCACAACUGGAAAACAAGGUUUGGGUAUCAAGGACAAGCCCAAAAAGAUAGCUGGUUGCUUCUUUCAGGGGAAAAAGACAUCUUUUGAUGACAGCGAUGGGGAAGAUUCCUCUUAUUCAAACUUGUCAAUGAAAGCAAAAAAUGACGAAAUUUACAAGCCAUGCGAGAAUGAUAACCCAAAAAUGAAAUUAAAGAAGUUGUGUAAACACCUUCUUAAACAGGCACCAGGGAAUUCCUUGAAACUGAAGCAACUCAAAGUUCUAAUAGAUGAGCAAUCAUCAGCUGUUUUUGAGAACUUCUCUGAAAAAGAUGCUAUAGCUCAUUUAAAACGCAAGCUUGAAGGCAGUGACAAGUUCUCAGUGGAGGGAAAGCGAGUUUCUCUAACUUCAAAGAGUGGCUGAAAAGAAUUUUGCUUGGUAAGGAGAUAGCUGUACCGUGAUGUACAUUGUUGCUGAGAGACUAGUUUGGGAGUGAUAUACCAAUUAAACCAUAAUGAGGCAAGUCUUGAUUUAUUCACCUGUAGUCCAUUUGUUGCAGAUUUGUUUUUGGAUGAGAAUUGGAUAUAUAGCUACGGAACAAAAUAGUGAUCUUCCUCUGCAUCAUUGUCUUUUUUUUUUUUUAAUAGCAUUUCGGAGGUAAGGAAUAGGUUUAUUUUUCAUUGAGAUUAAAGUUGUAAUGCUAGCAAACAUUACUGCAAAAUUUUACAGAAUGUUUUAUCCCUUUCUUUGUCAAGGAGAAAUGGAGUAUUUGAUAUAAUUGCAUGUGCUUUAAUUUUUACA